AUGAGUCGCACGGAGGCUGAUCUCGCGAUCAACAUCCGGAAAGCAACAAGUAUCGAGGAAACCGCCCCGAAACGGAAACAUGUCCGGAGUUGUAUCGUCUAUACUUGGGACCACAAGUCUUCUGCCGCCUUCUGGGCUGGCAUGAAAGUUCAACCUGUGCUUGCCGAUGAAGUCCAGACAUUCAAGGCCUUGAUUACAAUACAUAAAGUUCUGCAGGAAGGACACCCGAUUGUUGUGAGGGAAGCGCAGCAGCAUGUCAAUUGGAUUGACAGCUUGAUGAGGGGUGUUGGAGGGGAUGGCAUUAGAGGAUACGGUCCGCUUAUUCGUGAAUAUGUCUUCUUCCUCGAGUCGAAGUUGGCGUUUCAUCGGAAUCAUCCUGAGUUCAAUGGGCUGUUUGAAUACGAGGAGUAUAUCAGUCUGAAGACGAUCAACGAUCCGAAUGAAGGAUACGAGACCAUUUCCGAUCUCAUGACACUACAGGAUCAGAUUGACACUUUCCAGAAGCUCAUCUUCUCCCACUUCCAGUCAGGAACCAAUAACGAGUGUAGAAUCUCCGCAUUGGUUCCCCUUGUGCAGGAAAGCUAUGGCAUUUACAAGUUUAUCACAAGCAUGCUAAGGGCUAUGCAUACUACCACGGGAGAUAACGAGGCACUCGAGCCACUUCGUGGUCGAUAUGACGCUCAGCACUAUCGGCUAGUCCGAUUCUACUAUGAAUGUUCCAACCUGCGUUAUCUCACGAGUUUGAUCACUGUCCCUAAGUUACCUCAAGAUCCUCCGAGCUUAUUGGGCGAAGACGACGAGCGUCCAGCUCUACCGAAACGGCCGACAAAGGAGGUUGAGAAACAGCCUUCUCCGCCGCCAAAGCCAGUGGCUGCUGAGCCGGAGCCCAUCAACGACUUCUGGACCAACGAAGCGAAGCGUCAACAGGAGGAGUUUGAAGCGGAGCAGCAACGCCUUCAGCAACAGUGGGAAGAACAGCAGCGCCAGCAACUUCUUGCGCAGCAGCAAGCGCAACGUGACUUUGAGGAACAGCAGCGUCUCCAGGCAGAGCAGCAGCGACUGGCUCAGGAACAACUCUUGCGUGAGCAGUAUCAGACCCAUACUCAGGGUCGAUUGGCGGAACUUGAACGGGAAAACCUGAAUGCCCGGGCUCAGUACGAGCGUGACCAGCUGAUGCUGCAGCAAUAUGAUCGCCGCGUGAAGGAUUUGGAGGAGCAGAUGGCGCAGCUGACCACGAACUUGAACAUGCAAAACGCCUCGAAAGACGAACAGAUUCGCGCUUUGCAGGAGCAGGUCAAUACUUGGCGCUCCAAGUACGAGGCCCUGGCCAAGCUCUACUCCCAGCUUCGACAGGAGCAUCUGGACCUUCUACAGACGACCAAGAGCCUCAAGCUCAAGGCAGCGUCAGCCCAAGAGGCGAUUGAGAGGCGCGAGAAGCUUGAGCGGGAGCUGAAGACAAAGAAUCUUGAGUUGGCUGAUAUGAUCAGGGAGAGGGAUCGUGCUCUGCAUGACAGGGACCGCUUGACGGGGACCAAUAAGGAGGAGCUGGAGAAGCUCAAGCGCGAACUUCGGCUUGCUAUCGAACGCGCUGAGAAUGCCGAGCGCUCAAAGGGCACCGAGAUCUCGACUCUGUUGUCGAAGUACAACCGUGAGAUGGCGGACCUCGAGGAGGCACUCAGAAACAAAACUCGCGCCUUGGAAGAAUUUUCGUCUCGGAACAUGGACAGUCAAGGAGACCAUGAACUUGCGCUCCGCGAGAAGGAUGAAGAGAUCGAGGUUUACAAGUCGGGAAUGGAACAGGCGCUCAUGGAGCUUGAGGAGCUAAAACUCAGCCAGGGUGACGUCGAUCAUGCAUUAGACUCUCAAAUUGACACCGUCCUGCAAGGCACAGUGACCAAGAUCAACGACAUUAUUGAUUCUGUCCUCCAAACAGGUGUGCAGCGUGUUGAUGAUGCCUUGUACGAACUGGACUCCACCAUGCAGGCUGGUAACCAGAACGCUUCCCCUCCCUACGUGCUCUCUCAGGUCGAAAAGGCGUCUGCGUCCGCAACCGAGUUCUCGACCGCUUUCAACAAUUACAUCGCCGACGGCCCCAACAGUCCCCAUGCAGAGAUUAUUCGCACUGUCUCUAUCUUUUCUGGUUCCAUUGCGGAUGUGUUGAGCAACACUAAGGGUCUCACUCGUUUCGCCAACGACGACAAGAGCGCCGAUCAGUUGCUCAAUGCGGCGCGCAAGUCGGCCCAGGCGACCGUGCGCUUCUUCCGCGGACUGCAGUCCUUCCGUCUCGAGGGACUUGAACCUCUGCAGAAGACCGAUGUUGUGAUCAACAACAACUUGGAGGUUCAGAAAGAUCUGCAGUCGUUGUCGAAGCUGGUUGACACGUUUGCUCCCAAGAGCACCAAGAUUAGUACGAGCGGCGACCUGGGUGAUCUGGUGGACAAAGAGCUUAGCAAGGCCGCCGAUGCUAUCGAGGCUGCAGCAGCUCGUUUGGCCAAGCUUAAGACGAAGCCUCGCGAAGGCUUCUCGACAUACGAGCUUCGCAUCAACGAUGUGAUCUUGGAGGCUGCUAUCGCCGUUACCAACGCGAUUGCCGAACUGAUUAAGGCUGCGACGGCAUCGCAGCAGGAAAUCGUGCGUGAGGGCCGCGGCAGCUCGUCGAGAACGGCCUUCUACAAGAAGAACAACCGGUGGACGGAGGGUCUGAUUUCGGCCGCCAAGGCUGUUGCCACCUCAACCAAUACUCUGAUUGAGACAGCAGACGGUGUGAUCUCCGGCCGCAACUCUCCCGAGCAGUUGAUCGUGGCCAGUAACGAUGUGGCCGCCAGCACUGCUCAGCUGGUGGCUGCCAGCCGAGUCAAGGCCACUUUCAUGAGCAAGACGCAGGACCGCCUCGAGGCCGCUAGCAAGGCAGUCGGUGCCGCUUGCCGCGCUCUGGUGCGACAAGUGCAAGAUAUCAUUGCCGAACGCAAUCGGGAUGAAGGGGAGACCGUCGACUACGCGAAGCUCAGCUCGCACGAGUUCAAGGUGCGAGAAAUGGAGCAACAGGUCGAAAUCCUUCAACUCGAGAACAGUCUGGCCCGGGCACGUCAACGCCUUGGAGAGAUGCGCAAGAUUUCUUACCAAGAGGAUUAA